AUGGUAGGCGCCGUAGGUGACACGGGGGUGGUGGACACCCUGGAGGCACGGCUGGAAAACGCGAGGAGGAAGCACGAGGCCAACGAGUAUGGCGACCUGCCGUGGGCGGUCGUCGAGGCUGGCAUCCGUUCCUUGUGGGCGACGGAGCACCCUUCUCGGCCUGCUUCUCCUCGACCGGUGAACACCGAGGGCGGCGUCGACAUGGGCGUCAACGCCGGAGGCGACCAAGUCGGCAGCAGUGCGGGAGGCAUGUCGUCGAGGCAGCGUGGUGUGAUUCACGCCGAUGAAGUCGGCGGCGUUCAAGGGCAAGGGAUGCGGUCGAUGUCGGCUGCAGGCACCUCGCAGGGCGACGUCGGAGGUCGACGGAGUGGGUCCGUGCCGAUGUCGGCAACCCAGGUGACAGCAGGCGGGAUUGCACCGAGCUACGGCUACUUCAAGUUUACGCCGGAUAGGAUCUCGGUGACUCCCCUACUGGUCGGCCGACCCGACAUUCUCACCUGGAAGGAAGCUAUUGAGCCCCAGCUGGAGAUGGCCGGGCUCAUCAACUUUGCUCGUGGUACCGUGGCGACGCCGAGCGACCCCGACUUGCGUGCGGAGUUUCGCGCCGUGCAGCUGCUGACCUUCACGGUCAUCUCGCGGUGCUGCACGCCGGGCGUGCAGAUCGCCCUGAAGUGGUGCAGGGAGUACCUCGACGCCGGCCACCAGGCGUGGCACUUCAUUGAGUCGACGUACCAGGUCACCGACGACCUGUUUAUCGCCCAGCUUGAAGGGCAGCUGACGCACCUGCGCAUGGGCGACGAGGAGACGGCGACCGACUACUGCAACCGGGCCCGGCGAAUUCUCGCCACCAUCAGGAUGGCCGGUGCGGAGUAUUCGACGGCGUCGUACAUCACCCAUGUCAUGCAGGGACUCCGGAGCAGCUACAACCUGUUGAAGCGGUUGUCCAUGGCGCCGAGCACGAGGGCGACGCUCAACGAGGACAACCUAACCUCGUACAUCCUGCAGGACGAGGCGAUGCAGGAGGCUGAGCGGUCCCAGGAGCUCUUGGCGCAGGCAAACUUUGUCGCCCCGGCGAAGCAAGGCGGUCGACCGGGGCAGCGUGGACAGUCUGGCGGCAGUGGUAGCGGUGGCUUGAAGUCGGCCAAGGAGGUCGACAAGAAGAAGUCGACCAAGGACAGUGGCCGGGGAGGAGGAAGUCGACGCCGGGAGUGCUGGCUGUGCGGCGACCCCGACCACCUCUCCUUCGAGUGCCCCGACCGCAGUGACUCGGACGACGACGACAAGGGAGGCCGCGGGAGGUCUGGCAGUCGUCGAUCUCGUCGAGGAGGAAGUCAGCCGCGCAAGGAGAAGCAGUCGACCAAGUCGUCGACCUCGGCGAAGGACGCCGACUCCUCUGCUAGCGGCAAGGGGAGCAACGACAAGUCGGCGUCGUGCUCUCUGGUCGGCGUCGUGGAGCCGACCGUCUCACUGGCGCCGGAGGCAAGUGAGGAUUUCCAGGCGAUGGCAGCAGCAGUGCAGGCGAACCCGGCGGUGGUCUUGCUGGACAGCGGCUGCUCCCACCACCUGAUGGGGACCAAGGACGCCUUCGUCGACCUGGGGCCGAGCGGCGACUUGAAGCACGUGCGUGGCUUCAAUGGGGCGCUGCAAGACGUCCAAGGCCGGGGCACGGUCGCCUUGCAAGGCGAGGCCGGGAAGCAGGUACUCAUCCCCGACGUGCUGUACGUCCCGGGUGUGCGGGCGAACCUGUUGUCGUCUGGCCAGUUGAAGGAGCACGGCGUGAAGUUUCAGGAGGACGGCGACGGGAUGCUGCUCGUUUCGGCAGCACGAGAGGUGCUUGGUCGGGCGACGUACUCCGGGCGAGUCCUUUGCACCGACCUGCGUCCCUGCUCAACGAGGUCGACGUCGCCCAUGCCGGAUGUCGUGGCCCUGCGGGCCAUCGCCUCCAAGACGAAGUCGACGCCGGACAGGAUGCAUGCUCGGCUUGCGCACGUCGGCAUGGACACCAUCAGGAGCUCGGCGAAGAACGAGGUCGCCAUUGGGCUGGACCUCAAGUCGGCGACGGGCGCCGACCCACCGUGUGUCUCGUGCGUCGGCGGGAAGCUGGCGCGGCACACCUUCCCCGACCAAGGCUCCGACGCCGCCGACGUGCUAGCCGUCGUCCACAUCGACCUGUGUGGGCCAUUCCGGGUGGCUGCCAAGGACGGUAGCCUGUACUUCUUGCUGCUGAAGGACCGCAAGACCCGCUUCGUGUGGGUGAGGCCGGUUGCCAAGAAGUCGGAUGUGCUGCUGGAGUUCCAGAAGUGGCUGGUGCUGGUGGAGAGGCAGACGAAGAAGUCGGUGCUGAUGUUGCGCUCGGACCGGGGCGGGGAGUUCCUCGGCAAGGCGUUCACCGCCUUCGUGGACAGUAAGGGAAUCGUCCACGACCUAACCUGCCCCUACACCCCGCAGCAGAACGGCAUGGCGGAGCGGGAAAUGCGGACGGUGGUGGAGUCGGUGCGGACGAUGCUGCUGCACAUGGGCGUGCAGCACCACUGGUGGCACCUCGCUCUGCGGCAGGCCGUCUGGAUCCGCAACUGCCUAGAGCGGUCGGCGACGCCGGGGACGACGCCAUACCAGCUGCUGACUGGGACGAAGCCCGACUUGUCGCUGGCGCGCGUGUGGGGCUGCAUGGCGCAGUUCCUCGUCCCCGAGCAGCAGCGGGGUGGCAAGCUGAAGCCGAAGGCCAAGUGGGGCCUUCAUCUCGGCGUGUCGGAGGCGAGCAAGGGCUGGGAGCUCCUCGACAUUGCCGCCAACCGGGUGGUCACCACGUCGGACGUGGUGUUCUACGAGGAUCUGUCGCUGGAGGAGUGGAAGUCGGAGCAUGGGCCAGUGUCAGGGCGGACACUGAUGAAAACGCCGACGGAUACCUCGACGGCAACGCUCCCUCUGCUCGCCGAGGUCGGUGAACUUGCUGAGGACGACGCCGAGGUCGUCCACCCUUCCUCCCCCUCCCCUGCUCCUCCUCUCGUCGACCGGCAUGAGCUGAAUCCGCCGUCGGCCUCCGGCGAUGAGGGGAGCAGUGGGACGUCGCCUGUGGCGCCGACCAAGGGCAUCGCCGGUGGCCGACAGGACGCGCAGCAAGUCGACGAGCAGCAGGUCGACCUAGGGGUGAAGUCGACAGGGGAGCAGGUCGAGGAGGUGCAGCCGACUUGGGUGAAGCCCACAGGGGAGCAGGCAGCAGCAAGGCCGACCAAGGAGCAGUCGGCGACCUGGCAGUCGGCAGGGGAGCUGACCGCAGGGGAGAAGUCGGUCGGGACGCCGACCGAGGUGCAGCAGGACGACGAGGAUGGCGACGAGGAGCUGGUCGACCAGGAGGUGGUCGACCAGUCCACCGACCGUGACGUGGUGGUGGUCCCGCCUGAACCCCGGAAGUCAGGUCGACUUCGGAGGCCUCCCGACUUCUUCGUUCCCGCCGCCUUCACCACGGUCUAUGACGUGGUCGACGAGGACGACGACCUGCUGUACGACGACGCCGACGAGGAUGAAGAGUUUCCGGAGCUCGACCCCGACAUGCUGGCCGACCCCGAGCACCGCUGGGACAUCUCCACGAUGACGGUGAAGGAGGCGUUGGCAAGCUGGAAGGGUCCGGCGGUGAAGGCCGCCAUGGAGGAGGAGAUCCGCAGUCUCAUCGCCAUGGGGACGUGGGAGCUGGUCGAACGCCCGCCGGGAGUGAACGUCAUGAAGAACAGGUGGGUGCUGACGACGAAGUACAACAUCGACGACACCGUCGAGCGCGAAAAGGCGAGGCUGGUCGUGAAGGGCUUCACGCAGGUGUACGGCGCCGACUACGACGAGACGUUCGCGCCGGUGGGGAGCUACGUGACGCUGAGGAUCUUCCUCAGCAUCGUCGCCGUCCUCAACCUGAACCUGAUGCAGCUCGACAUGAAGAACGCCUUCCUGCAAAGCAAGCUCGACCGGGUGCUGUACAUGUCGCAGCCGGACUACUUCAACGACGGAACCGGCCGGGUGUGCAAGCUGCUGAAGAGCCUGUACGGGCUGAAGCAGUCGCCGCUGCUGUGGUACUUGGCGCUCAACGACGUGCUGGUCGACGCUGGGUGGAAGAAGAGCCAGGUCGACGAGGCUCUCUACUUCAAGGUCGGCGACGACGGAGCGACUUGCUGGGUGCUGGUCUACGUCGACGACCUGCUCGCCGCCAGCAGCAGCCCCGAGAUGCUGAAGCAGCUGAAGGAGCUACUGGAGGCCGCCUUCGAGCUGCGCGAGAUCUCGCCGGUGCAGAAGUACCUCGGGCUGGAGAUCGUGCGCGACAGGUCGGCGGGGAAGCUGUGGCUGCACCAGCAGGGCUACGCCGACAAGCUGCGUAGGCGCUUCAUCGACGAGGAGCAGGGCGGACGGACUCCGAAGACGCCGGUCUCGGUCGACGCCUACGCCAAGCUCACCUUCGACGACGAGGAGGCACAGGAGCGACAAGAGGAGGAGUACCGGCAGAAGGUCGGCUCGCUGCAGUUCGCGGCGACGACGACGAGGCCGGACAUCGCCUUCGCCUGCAGCAAGCUGGGGAGCGGACUCACGGUGAGGAGCGACCAGCACUGGCGCGAGGUCGACCGCUGCCUCGCCUACCUCGCCAACACGCGCGACACCGCCCUGGAGUUUGGCGGUGGACCUAAGUCGCUGGAGCUGGUCGGCUACGUGGACGCCGACGACGCCGGUGACAAGCAGAGCAGGACGAGCACGGGCGGCUACGUGUUCGUCUACGGAGGGGCCGCGGUCUCCUGGUCGAGCCAGCGCAUCAAGUGCGCGACACUGUCGUCGACCGAGUCGGAGUACGUGGCGGCCGUCGAAGCCGGCAAGGAGGGACGCCGACUUCGCUUCCUCCUCGCAGAGUUCCAGCAGCUGGAUGCUGGGAAGCCGACCGUCCUUCGGGUGGACAACAAGUCGGCCAUCACGGUCGCCGAGGGCAUGGGGUUGAUGGGCAACCUCAAGCACAUGGAGCGGCGACAGGCCUGGCUGCAGCACAUGGUGAAGCGGGGGAAGUUUGCGCUGCAGUACAUCCCGACCGCAGAGCAGCCAGCCGACUUCCUCACGAAGGCGCUGCACUAUCCGGCCUUCAACCGGUGCUCUGUCGCCAUCGGCCAAGUGUGUCUGGCCGACGUGGGCGGCGGCGACGACGACGUGCAGCAGUAG